AUGACCUCCCCAGAGAAUACCAAUAAACCUCCCAUCAUCCUGCUCAAAACCAAAUCCACCCCCCACGACAACUACUCCGACUACUUCCACCAACCCACCAGCGACUACAAUCCCACCUUCAUCCCGGUCCUCUCGCACAACUUCCACACCGAGAGACUACGCUCCAUCCGCGCGCUCUUCACCUCCGGAGCCCUCCUCCCUCCCCAAUCCCAAGAUAAAGAUAAACACCAUGCUCGAAAAUACGGCGGCCUAAUCUUCACCAGCCAGCGCGCAGUCGAAGGCUUCGGCAGAGUACUUGCCGAACUUGAUGAUGACCCCUCAGCAAAACAAACAAUAGCUUCCUCCUCCACAAACCUCCCAAUCUACACCGUCGGGCCCGCAACCCACCGCUCCCUGACCACCAUCGUGAACACCUAUUUACCGCACGCGAGCAUCCACGGCGCGGAUACAGGGAAUGGAGAGGCAUUAGCGAAGUUCAUUCUCCAACAUUAUAAUUCUCUCUACACUACUACCCCGUCAGACACUAAUGGGGAUGUGUCGAAGCCACCGUUGCUUUUCCUUGUUGGCGAGCAACGACGGGAUAUUAUCCCGCGGACACUUAUGAGCUCGGAGCUUGUCCCGGAACAACGCAUUGGUGUGGAUGAGGUGGUUGUGUAUGAGACGGGGGUGAUGGAGGGGUUUGAGGGGGAGUUUAGGGGGGUUGUUGAGCGGGAGAGGGAGGUUAUGAAGGGUGAUAGUAAUAGGGUGGUGUGGGUGGUGGUGUUUUCGCCGACGGGGUGUGAGGGGAUGUUGAGGGGGUUGGGAUAUUUUGAUAAUAAGGGUGGUAAGGGUGAUUGGGGGGAUAAGGGUGAUCGAAGUUUCUUUGUUGCGACGAUUGGGCCGACGACGAGGGAUUAUUUGAGGAAGGAAUUUGGGUUUGAGGCGGAUGUUUGUGCGGAGAGGCCGAGUCCGGAGGGAGUGGGAGAGGGGAUUGAGAGGUUCAUGAGGGAGAAGAAGAAUCUAUCUUGA